AUGGCGACAGUAUCACACACAGAGACGGACAUGGCCCUUCCUCCUCCGUAUCUGACUCUCCCCUCAGAGGAGAUGGAGGGCCCAGUGAGGGAGAUGAAGGAGCAGCUGGCCACUCUGCAGGACAGUGAGAAGGGACACACAGAGGCCCUGCAGCUACUGCAGAGGCAACUCACUGAGACCAAGUCGUCGGCCAAGGGCCUGCGUGCGACAAUCGGCGAGGCAUUUGAACGCCUGCAGCGGUUCCUGCGAGAGCGCCAGAAGGCCAUGCUGGAGGAGCUGGAGACGGACACGGCGCGCACGCUCUCCGACAUCGAGCACAAGAUCCAGCGCUUCAGCCAGCAGCUGCGUGACGUCAAGGAGGGCAUCGGCAUCCUGCAGGAGCGCCUCAACGAGACGGGACGCCACGACUUCCUGGAGGGCGUGGCCCUCACCUCCGAGAGGAUAAAAGGAAAGAUACAUGAGACCAAUCUAACAUAUGAAGAUUUCCCGACCUCCAAGUACAUGGGGCCCCUGCAGUACACAAUAUGGAAGUCUCUCUUUCAGGAUAUUUCACCAGUGCCAGCAGCUUUGACCUUAGACCCCAUCACAGCCCACCAGAGACUCAUCCUAUCAGAUGACUGCACCAUCGUAGCCUAUGGUAACCUGCACCCCCAGCCCCUGCAGGACUCCCCGCGGCGCUUCGACGUGGAGGUGUCUGUGCUGGGGGCCGAGGGCUUCGGCUCCGGGGUGCACUACUGGGAGGUGAUGGUGUCAGAGAAGACCCAGUGGAUGAUCGGCGUGGCCAACGAGACGGUCAGCCGCAAGGGCAGCAUCCAGAUCCAGCCCAGCCGCGGCUUCUACUGCGUCGUCAUGCACGACGGCAACCAGUACAGCGCCUGCACCGAGCCCUGGACCCGCCUCAACGUCAAGAGCAAGCUGGAGAAGGUGGGCGUGUACCUGGACUACCCCAAGGGCCUGCUGGUGUUCUACAAUGCUGACGACAUGUCCUGGCUGUACACCUACAGGGAGAAGACGUUCCCGGCCAAGCUCUGCCCCUACUUCAGCCCCGGGCAGAGCCACGCCAACGGCAAGAACGUCCAGCCGCUGAGAAUCAACACCGUGCGUCUAUAAGAGCCACACACAGGGUCACUCUACAGAUCGGCUCGCUCACCUCAACCCUCCCUGAGGAUAGGAUACCAACGAUGAUGAUGUAACUAAGAUCCUAAAAGACGGCUCGUUUUUUUUAAAUGAUGAGAGGGGGGGGGGACAAAACAGGGUGUUUGACUAUGAAAUGUAAAUUUAUUUUGUUCUGGUGUUCUUUCUGGGUCGCUGUUUUUGUCUUGCCUGUCGGUGUGGCUCCUCACUGAUCUCACCAGGGAGGGACUAUGUGGACAUUGCUGCAGCAUCAUGGUUUCAACUGAGACCCGGUUAACUUCUUCAGGGGUGGGCCUCUGGGCUUUACUCUGUCUGCAUAGAUGACGUCAUCGCACCGUGGUUUAGUAGUGGGAUCUCUGUGCUGUGACCGAGGCCCACCUUGCACAGGCCCAAGGGCUCUGCUCUCCUUACAAGGCUCCAGACUGACUGACAGACGGCUGCUCGGUCUGUCUCUCUCAGCAGCCAGACAUUUUGAAACUGGCGGUCACCUUUCUUUCUUUUAGGCUUGUUUGUGGAAUAUUUCUGACGACGCUCUGCUCCUUUUUCUUUGGCACAGUUAGCAGUUGUGAGCUCGUGAGUGAAAGCCUAUCGGUGUGGCAGUGAGUGCCCGUUCCAUGUCCUCCCGUGUACCUGUACACUUUACUGAUGGAAAUGAUGUCGCAGCUCUUGAUUCCUUUCCCUCAGGUCACACGUCCAGUUUUCACAGUCGACACUGUCAGUCAGUCCAAGUGCUGGACGUGGCUGAUACUCAUCAUUUGACAAUGGCAGCCUCAUGGUCUGUGUGCUCUAGUGAUGGUCACUCUGUGUGUGGUCACUGUUGUGGUGCUUGCCGUCGUCACCCUUCCCUCGUUUCCCUACACCUCUCCGUCUCUGUUCCUUCUCUCAGCACACCCACCCUCCUGUGUGUGACGUUGGGGGUGCCUGGAGAGGUCGUGUGUGUGGCAUGAAAAUGUGUCGCUGUGCGAGUGGGGACCUCUCUCCCCACCAGGUGGUUUCUGUUGGGUUCUUCCACUCCAGCAUGAGAGCUCUACUCUACCUGGCAUGUACCUAUGUUACAUAUUUGUUUGUACUUUUAUUUUUAGCAGGUUAGUCUUUUUUUGAGAUGAACAUUCUGAGAUGAUCUGGCCAAAUAGCAGUACACAAAGUUGCAGACACGUUUACAAAAUAAAACACAAAGCAUUACAGUUGGGGGGGGAAAAAUAAACAUACAUUUACACAUUGAACAAUAAGAUGGUUUGAGAAAGUGUGGCGCAACUAGGGGUCAAAACAUUGACCGCAACCCCCCCCCCCC